AUGGACUCCGAUUUUUCUGACUUCACUCACCAUUUACCGCUCCAUUCCUUGACAAACCAAGAACUCAGUCACUCCGACUAUUCUCUUACGGCUCUGCUUCACUCAGAUGACUACGACCUCCACAGUCUGGGCUACAGUGACCCCACCCUAGGAUUCAAUCUCCCUCAACUUCCAAGUCAUGCAUCGCUUACCUCAACUUUGAACGACCAAUGCAGUCUGCCACAGGCAGAGAACUCAAAUCUAAGUCUUGGUUUUCCCAUAGGAGGUGGCAUCAUUGACUCCUCAUUUUCUACGAUAAACACGAAUUUUUAUGCUACUCGACAUGCUGAGGACUUGAAUGGAUGGGAAAUCCGUUCAACAGCAGCACAUGACAAUACAUCGAUGAUAGGCAACUUCAACGACCCAGGGCCUUCGAUUUCAAGACCUAUUUGCCCACGAGAUCCAGUUCAAGUGCCAGCAUCGAAAUUCAUCGCUUAUGACCCCGCAAAGGAGAAAUCCACUACACGAGGUGAUACAGGUAAACAUUCAAACAAGCCAGUCGCACCACUAUGGAAUACAAGACUGGUACGCUCAAUUUCAAAUGAGAUUGGUGCCUUAAUACCCUGGAUACCUCUAUAUUACUUCAUAUAG